AGAGAUAGAGAAAUAAAUAAAAUUGAAGAAUGGUGUUUCAUACAAUAUAAGAUCUUGUUGCAUGGGAUAAAAUGCAUUGGAAACUAGAAUCGACUUCUUAAACUAGCUUUGAACUAAAGACAGAAAUGACCAUGUAUGAACUCCUGGGAAUAAAGAAAAUCAAAAACUCCCGAAAAAGAUGAACGGAAACAAAUAUCUGAAUAUUGUCAUGCAGUUGUUUCAGAAAAAAUCACAUUAACUGUGGACAACAGUAAUUUAGAAAAAUGUGUAACAGGAAGACAAAGGUUCGCUUCAUGACGCUAGCAAUAGUUUGUCUAUGUCUAUCUUUUGCUACACAGUUUAUAGGUUUUGUCAUCCCUAGCUGGCUUCAUGUAAAAAUUGAUGGUACUAACAUCACAAAUGAUAUCUACAGUGUGAAUGAAACUGAUGAAUUUAUCGAUAUGACUGAAAAUUACGAUACUGCGAAUGACAAUGAGUAUGAUUACGGCAUAGGUAACGCUACAAAUAACAUGUUCAAUAAUUUUAAUGAAAUUUGGCUGAAUAGUACUGGUGUAAUUAAUGAAACAGUAAAUUACGCUAAUCGAAGCUUUGCUCUGUGGUAUAUUAAUACAUGUGUGAAUGGCAAGUGUCAGAUGGAGCUCUAUCCAGAACUGAAGAAUGGCACGUAUUAUAUUCAAAAUUACUUCGAUCCAGGUUACAACUUUUCAUGGAUAGAUUCAAGAGUUCCGUUUUCUCGACAAAGAGAAUUCCAAAUCGAGGCCACGGUUGCUUUAGUAUUAACCUUUAUUGCUGUGAUACUGGUCUGGGAUAAUAAAAAGAAAUUUGUACAAGACAUUGGCGGACGUAUUUCCGAAAAGUGUCAUUCGAUUCGGCACUGCAUAGUCAUUGCUGUUGUAUCUGUGUCAGGAACUCUAAUAGGCAUUCCAUGCAUGGAAUAUGGUAAUGCAAAUGUUUACAUACAAUCACUGGUAGCAAAGGAAAGAAGUAACGGUACAGGAUACAGGCCAGUGACAGUCGGCAUACCAUUCGGUCUGAUAUUUUCGUGGUUAAGCAAUAUACUGGCUUCUCUGGCUUGUAUGUUCAUAUUUUUUACAUUAUCAAUAAGGAAAAAGGAUAAUACAGUGCACCGGACUGACAUAAUCGCGUUAAACCCUGUACAGAAUGGCGGUGGACAACAGAAUCACGUGGUGCCGUCAGCUCCUCCCUGUUUUUCAGCACAUGGAAGCAUACCGGAGAAUGUACAUGUAGGAGAAACGAAUACAAAUGGCGUUCCAUAUAGAAACUCUGUCAAUGCAAACACACACACUGAAAAUGAUUGCGGCAUAUAUGAACUUCCACCGCCUUCAUAUGAAGAAACCAUGAGACUAUAUAGAAAUAAUCAAAGUACCGAAUGUACAGAAAGGCUGGCUACCACAAAACACUGAAUGAAAACUGUGCGGGAAAGAUGUUUGCAAAAUCUUAGAUAUUAUGGGUUUUCCAUAUUAAACUAAGGCGAGCA